AGCAUUCAUUUCUUAUCAUAUUGUCUCACAACACUCGCGCUAACUGCCACUAAGUAUGGGACUGUUCUGGUUAUUUUUUGUGUUGGUAUCUGGAAUAGCCUGCGAAGAGGCGAGCAAAGAGAAACGACUGGCACUUUUGAAUUCUAAAGUAAAACUUCAGCAUGAGGAAAGGGAGGAACUUAGACGUCGAAUGAGUGAGCUAGAAGGACAAGUUGCGGCUCUAAAGGUGACACGUGGUCCGGACCAAAACACGGUACAGCUGACCACAGCCGCCGAUUCGAAUCUGAGGGAUGAUACGUCUGGGGCCAAGGGACAUAUCUCGAAGCGUCAGUCGACCCCACAAGCAGCUUUCCAUGUGUAUAUGGACAGAACAAUCUGCUAUCACAUUGGAGAAUCUUUCAUAUUCCAGUCCAAACCGUUAGACAUUGGAGGUGGAUUUGGCCACGACGACCGUAUCUAUGACGUUCCAUUAUCUGGCAUCUAUGUCCUCACAUGGACAGUGGCAGUACCAACCAUUUAUCACUCGGUUGUAACAGAACUGUUCGUAAACAACGGUGCUGUAGGGAUUUUGACAUCCGAUCCAGACACGGGUCCAACUACGGCCACAGGUAUCCAUCCGGCUUCUGGUGUUGUUGUGAUUAGAUUAAGCGCUAGUGAUCACGUGUCCAUUCGUAUAAAGCAAGCGUCCAAUAGCUGCGGAGGCAAAGUGAUGAGCGAUGACAGCGUUGUUCGAACAACGUUUUCCGGUUGGAUGAUAUCAAAUUAGCCACAAUAAUUUGUAGCUUUAACUUCUGAAAUAAACACGAGAGAUGAGA